GUUUUAUUUUAAAAAAAACAAAUAUUGUUUUUUAAAAUGAACAAAUACAGAACCAGAAGAACUAGUGGUACCUGAGCUGACACAAGACUGCUUUCAUCCACACCGUCAAAGCCAUCACCUCAAGGAUUUAUGCAGGCGGCCUCCACCACGGACGCCAUGGCUGCGGCGGCUCUGAGCUCGGUGCUCCGGCGGGUCAACCAGGCCGCCCAGCGGUCCGGCCGCACGUCGGACCUGGUACGGCUCGUGGCCGUGGGCAAGACGAAGCCUGUCCCCCUCCUCCGGCAAGUUUACGACUCCGGCCACCGCUGCUUCGGCGAGAAUUACGUUCAAGAGAUCGUCGAGAAAGCUCCUCAGCUGCCGGAGGACAUUGAAUGGCAUUUCAUUGGGAAUUUGCAGAGUAAUAAAGUGAAGACGCUGUUGUCUGGUGUACCAAAUCUUGCGAUGGUGCAUACUGUUGACGACGAAAAGAUAGCCAACCAUCUUAAUCGUGCAAUCGUUAACAUCGGGCGGAAACCGCUGAAAGUGUUGGUCCAAGUAAACACGAGUGGUGAAGAAUGUGGAAAAAGGAAAAGGGCGAGUGAGCUAAAAGAUUUUUUUGUCAUGACUUCAGCUAAAUCUGGUGUUGAGCCCACUGGAUGUGUGGAGCUUGCUAAACACAUCAGGAUGAACUGCCCGAACCUUGAAUUUUGUGGCCUCAUGACAAUAGGAAUGCCGGAUUACACAUCAACCCCCGAGAACUUCAAGACUUUAUCCAACUGUAGAAGUGAGGUUUGUAAGGCACUUGAGAUGGAAGAACACGAAUGUGAGCUGUCGAUGGGCAUGUCUGGCGACUUUGAGCUUGCCAUUGAGAUGGGCAGUACAAGUGUUAGAGUUGGAUCCACCAUAUUUGGAGCAAGGGAAUACCCGAAGAAAAAAGUGUAGUAGCUCUAAAUUUAUCUGUUUAUUUUAAUUUUUUUUUAUGGCUGUUUUGAGAUCAAAUUUUGUAUCAACUUUUCUAUUGAUCCAUAAUAUCAGGUGCAAGUAAUUAUCAUGGUGUUCUGAUUAGUUGCUUUACUGGACAAGCCUGAAUGUAAAUAUAGCUUUUAUACACAAUUUAGUAAUUUACAGACCCUUGUUUGAUUUUAACUUUUAGAUUGUUCGAGGACAAG